CUAUAAAAAAGAUUAUCUCACACACUUCUUACACUCACACAGUAAUCACCAUUUUCACUACCAAAGGAAAAGAAAAGAAAUUCCAAAAUGGCAUCAAAUAAUUAUUCCCUAAUAAUAGCAUCACUAAUACCAAUUCUUAUGACCAGUUUCGUUUCCGCCUCGAAUAACUUCUACCAAGAUUUCGACCUAACAUGGGGAGAAGGCCGUUCGAAAAUCCUCAACAAUGGAGAUUCUCUUACACUCUCCCUCGACAAAGCCUCAGGCUCCGGUUUCCAAUCCAAGAAUCAGUACCUUUUCGCUAAAAUCGACAUGCAGAUCAAAUUAGUCCCCGGAAAUUCGGCUGGCACAGUCACCGCCUACUACUUAUCGUCACAGGGGGUAACGCACGAUGAGAUAGAUUUCGAGUUCUUGGGGAAUCUAAGUGGCGACCCGUAUAUUGUACACACUAAUGUUUUCAGCCAAGGGAAGGGUAAUCGAGAACAGCAAUUUUACCUUUGGUUUGAUCCAACGGCAGAUUUCCACACCUAUUCCAUCCUUUGGAAUCCCCACAGAAUCAUAUUUUCAGUAGAUGGAACACCAAUAAGAGAAUUCAAGAACGCAGAGUCAGUAGGAGUACCGUUCCCGAAAAGCCAGCCAAUGAGAAUAUACUCGAGCCUGUGGAAUGCCGAUGACUGGGCGACGAGAGGUGGACUCAUCAAGACGGACUGGGCCCAGGCUCCGUUCACCGCUUCUUACAGAAACUUCGAAGCAGUUGCAUGUGUUUGGUCCCCAUUCGACGGCUUUUCUACCUGCAAUACUAAGUCUAGUCCAAACAGUGUCGAUGCAUGGCUAAACGAAGAAUUAGAUUCCACAAAUCAAGAAAGAUUAAAAUGGGUGCAGCAUCAUUACAUGAUUUAUAAUUACUGCACCGAUGCCAAGAGGUUUCCGCUAGGUUUCCCUCCAGAAUGCGCUGUCAACACUACAUAAUCAUGAACAGAAGAAACUAGCCAGCUAUUCGAGGCGAAUAAUUCUUAGGCAUAUUCUUUCAUGACGAGUUUAUACAAUUCUUUGAUUUAUUUCUCUACUUUUUCAUGCAUUCGUUCGACAUAUUUAGGUCACGAGUACCAAUAAUCAAGAAAAGUCGAAAGAUUUAGACAUGACAGAUAGAAUUGUUUCCAAAAACUAUCAGUUUCUGGAAAGUUCCGAAAGCUUAGCAGCAAAUCAGAAGAAUGAAUCUCAGCAAAAAAGUUCAAAUAAAAAAAAAACAGAGAGGAAAAUCAUUACAAUAGAAUAUCAAAUUAAGAGUACAAGUGUCAGAAGAAUUCAUUUUCUCCACAAGUCAACAUCGAAAAAUCCUAAACGAAUGGAAAAA